CCGCGAGAGGGCUGCGGGCUUUGCAGAGCCUCGUCCCCGAGCGCGCGGUUUCACUGCCGCGCAGGCGCACGGAAUCCUAGGCUCGGAUCUCGCGUUUCCGGCCGGAGGGCUUCUCCUGUCUCUCCCGGAAGUUGCGCUCGCUACCCGGGUAACGGGUCCCGGCUGUGGAAGCUCCCGCGGCGCCGCGAUGGACCUCGAGGAGGCGGAAGAGUUUAAAGAACGCUGUACUCAGUGUGCUGCUGUCUCAUGGGGUCUUACUGAUGAAGGCAAAUAUUAUUGCACUUCUUGCCACAAUGUUACAGAGAGAUAUCAGGAAGUUACGAGCACUGAUCUUAUUCCUAAUACCCAAAUAAAAGCCCUCAACCGGGGGCUUAAAAAAAAAAACAACACUGAAAAAGGCUGGGAUUGGUAUGUGUGUGAAGGUUUCCAGUACAUUCUUUAUCAACAAGCAGAAGCCUUAAAGAACCUUGGAGUAGGCCCAGAGUUAAAGAAUGACGUUUUACAUAAUUUUUGGAAGCGCUACCUUCAGAAGAGCAAGCAGGCAUAUUGUCAGAACCCAGUUUAUACCACUGGAAGGAAACCUACGGUAUUAGAAGAUAAUCUAAGUCAUUCAGACUGGGCUAGUGAGCCUGAGCUGCUAAGUGAUGUCAGCUGUCCUCCUUUUCUUGAAAGUGGAGCGGAGUCUCAGUCUGACGUCCACACUCGAAAACCUUUCCCCAUCAGCAAAGCAUCACAAUCAGAAACGUCUGUCUGCUCUGGAUCUCUGGAUGGAGUUGAAUACUCACGACGAAAGGAGAAGGGAAUCGUGAAGAUGACCGUGCCACAGACACUUGCCUUCUGUUAUCUGUCCUUACUUUGGCAGAGAGAAGCAAUAACACUUUCAGAUCUUUUGAGAUUUGUUGAAGAGGACCAUAUUCCUUACAUAAAUGCUUUUCAGCAUUUUCCAGAACAGAUGAAAUUAUAUGGACGUGACAGAGGGAUCUUUGGUAUAGAGUCUUGGCCUGACUACGAGGAUAUCUAUAAAAAAACAAUAGAAGUUGGCACAUUUUUAGAUUUGCCUCGUUUUCCAGACAUAACUGAAGACUGCUAUCUUCAUCCCAACAUACUGUGUAUGAAAUACUUGAUGGAAGUCAACCUCCCUGAUGAAAUGCAUAGCUUAACUUGCCACGUGGUAAAAAUGACUGGAAUGGGAGAAGUGGAUUUUCUGACAUUUGAUCCUAUAGCUAAAAUGGCAAAAACUGUUAAGUACGAUGUACAAGCUGUAGCUAUCAUUGUGGUGGUAUUGAAACUGCUCUUUCUAUUGGAUGACAAUUUAGAGUGGUCUUUGUCUAAUCUUGCUGAAAAACAUAAUGAAAAGAACAAAAAAGAUAAGCCAUGGUUUGAUUUCAGAAAGUGGUACCAAAUUAUGAAGAAAGCUUUUGAUGAGAAAAAACAAAAAUGGGAAGAAGCAAGGGCCAAGUACCUGUGGAAAAGUGAAAAGCCACUCUACUACUCAUUUGUCGACAAACCAGUAGCAUAUAAAAAAAGAGAAAUGGUGGUGAAUCUACAGAAACAAUUUAGCACACUGGUUGAUUCAACAGCAACUGCUGGAAAAAAAAGCCCUUCAAGUUUUCAGUUCAACUGGACUGAAGAAGACACUGAUAGAACGUGUUUCCAUGGACACAGCCUUCAGGGAGUCCUGAAAGAGAAAGGCCAAUCACUGCUAACUAAGAAUUCAUUAUAUUGGCUUAGUACACAGAAAUUCUGCAGAUGCUAUUGUACACACGUGACAACUUAUGAAGAAUCAAAUUAUUCUCUGAGUUAUCAGUUUAUACUAAGUCUCUUCUCCUUCCUGCUCAGAAUAAAGACUUCCCUUCUCCAUGAAGAAGUGAGCUUAGUUGAGAAGAAACUUUUUGAGAAAAAAUACAGUGUAACGAAAAAGAAAUCAAGAUCCAAGAAAGUGAGACGACAUUGAGAAAAUGAAAUAGAAACUUUCCGGAAAAAUAUUUUAAUAGUGAUAGUAACGUCAGAUUUUAAUGUAACAUUCCAGAGAAUUGUGGAAAAUACUGCAUAUAUAUGUGUAGACUCUGACACAUAUUUACAUAUAUAUCAAGUGCGCUUAGAAAAAUGUAUAUUGUAAAGCAAGUGAGCUUUCAUUUUAUUUUUCAGAGUAUGAAUAUUCUAAGAGAAAGUUAAAACAAUAGUAAAUUGUAUAAUUGUAUGCAGAAAUGUAUACUCAUUGUAUUUUAAAGCUAAAUUUAUUUUUGAAACUAGAUCCCUUCCUUAUUCUUUAUACCCCAGAGUAAAUCCCAGAUGGAUCAAAGAUCUAAACAUAAUCUUUCAUAUGUAAAAAUAUAAAAGUAUUAGUAGAAAACAAACAUGAAUGCUUUGAUGAUCUUGGAAUGGCAAAGUCAAUUUUUGCAGCAUAUGGUGGACAAAGGAAUAAUUUCUUUAAUGUAUCAAUAGCUCUUGCAAAGCAAAGGAAAAAAGCAAACUGAGUAAGGAAUAUGAAAAAUUAGUUUUCUGUCCGGACGCAGUGGCUCACGCCUGUAAUCCCAGCGCCUUGGGAGGCCGAGACGGGCAGAUCAUGAGGUCAGGAGAUCGAGGCCAUCCUGGCUAACAUGGUGAAACCCUGUCUCUACUAAAAAAAAAAAAAUACAAAAAAUUAGCCGGGCACGGUGGCGGGCGCCUGUAGUCCCAGCUACUCGGGCAGCUGAGGCAGGAGAAUGGCGUGAACCCGGGAGGUGGAGCUUGCAGUGAGCCGAGAUUGCGCCACUGCAGUCCAGCCUGGGUGACAGAGCGAGGCUCCGUCUCAAAAAAAAAAAAACCAAAAAGAGAAAAAUUAGUUUUCUGAAGGCCAAGCCAAAAAACAUGAUAGGAUACUCGACCUCACUUAUACUCAAGAAAUACAAAUUGAAGUGAAUACUCUUGCCGACAUAUUGGAUUGGCAAAGAUUAUAAAGAUGUAUAAAACCUGGUAUGGACAUUGGAAAAUCAGUAAUCCUUGUUCUGAGUUCAUUUAUGCAUGCAACAGAUAGCAACGCAGGCAUAUUCUGAGCACUGGGGAUACAGCACUGAACAAGACCCCCACCUUUAAAGAUCGUAGGUUCCAACUGGGUGGAAGCUGAUAGUAAAAAUACAUAUAAUUUUUGGGGGAAUUAAGUACAAUGAAGAAAAAGCAGGAAAAGAUAAAUGACAAGGUAGGCCAUUUUAUAAAGGGCGGCUGAGGGAGGAUCCUCUGGGGUAGUGGCGUUCGAGCAGAGACCAACUUGCCUGGAACACAGUAGCAUGAGCAGCCAUGCGGCCAUCCAGGCGGAGAUCAGCCCAGGCAGAGGAAAGACGUGCAGAGGUUCUGAGCAGGGGCAUGCUGGAUGCAGUCAAGGACUGGCAAGGUGUCCAGAGUGGCUGGAGCGCUGUGGUUAAAGGGGAGAGGGAGAGCAGAUGGGCAGAUGGGAUGGUAGAGGUUGCUCUGAGGUCAUGGUAAGGAUGACCUUACCAUGGUUGGCUUUUAUCUCAAAUGUCACAGGAAGCCACUGGAAAUUUUUAAACAAAAGAAUGAUGUGAUCCAAUGUGUAUCAUAAAAGUAUCACUGACUACUCUGAUGAGUACACUGUAGUGGGGAUGUGGGCAGUGGUUAGAGAGCUCAUUUUGAAUUGAAUAUAUUUUGUUACUCUCUACUUGUUUCACUUAUUGUAAGGUUUUCUUUUUUCUUUUCAUUUUUUUUUUUUUUUUUUGAGACAGGGUCUCACUGUGUCGCCCAGGCUGGAGUGCAGUGGUGUGACCUUGGCUCACUGCAGUUUUGACUCCCCGGCUCAAAUGCUCCUCCUGAGGCUGAGUAGCUGAGGCCACAGGCAUGUGCCAUCAUAUCCAGCUAAAUUUUUUAUUUUUCGUGGAGACAGAGGUCUCACUGUGUUGCCUAGGCUAGUCUUGAAAUUCUCAGCUCAAGUGAUCCUCCCACCUCAGCCUCCCAAAGUGCUGGGAUUACAGGUAUGAGCCACCACGCCUGGCUGACUACAACUUUUAAUAUUUUUUAAUUUUCGUAACUUUUUUUUUUCUUUUUGAGACAGAGUCUCGCUCUUUCGCUCAGGCUGGAGUGCAGUGGCGCGAUCUCGGCUCACUGCAAGCUCUGCCUCCCAGCUUCACGCCAUUCUCCUGCCUCAGCCUCCCGAGUAGCUGGGACUACAGGAGCCCACCACCACACCAGCUAAUUUUUGAAUUUUUAGUAGAGACGGGGUUUCACCAUGUUAGCCAGGAUGGUCUCAUCUCCUGACCUCGUGAUCCACCCACCUCGGCCUCCCAAAGUGCUGGGAUUACAGGCAUAAGCCACCGUGCCUGGCCUAAUUUUUGUAACUUUUUAUAAUGAGACUUAUACAAUGAUUUAGAUUAUAUACAGGGUACUCAGCCAGCACAAAGCUGUGGUGAGAUUUGGGCCCAGGUCUCCAACUCCAGAUUCCAAACCACAUUAAAAAAAAAAAUCACCUGCAGACUGCCUAUAGCUUUAACAGUCUCUAUGUCCCCUUCAUUCACAUCCUUAUGGUGGAGAAAAGUUUGUGAAUAUUUAGUAAAUUUGAUUCAAUAGACAUUUUUUUGUAAAGAUGAUAGGGUCUUGCUGUGCUGCUCAGGCUGGUCUUGAACUCCUGACCUCAAGUGAUCCUCCCACCUCUGUCUCCCAAAGUGCUGGAAUUACAGAUGUGAGCCACUGUGCCCAGCCUGGUCUGGUAGUUUUUUAAAAGUGAAAAUUAGACCUACCAUGUGAUCCAGCCAUUCCACUACUAGGUAUCUACCCAAGAAAAAUAAAAGCAUGUUUCCACACAAA